AUGGAAAGGUUGAGGUUGAUGCUUGCUUCCCUGGGGCCUUCCCUGUCCUGCCACACCAGCUAUCUCCUCGAGCUCCACUGGUGCCGGGCUCUAUUUGCUGAAGAGGACCUUAGAGUUGCAAAUCCUGAUUGGUGGAGUGUUCACCUUCAGAAACAUCCAGAGCAUGCGAAGUAUAGGAACGCAGGACCAGCCAACUUGGCUGAAAUGCAUAAAAUGUUUGAUUCUCGUCAUGUCAGUGGGGCCCAAUCUGCUAUCCCUGGAGAGAUACCAUUGGAGGAGAUAACAGAGGUUGAUGAUGAUGACACCGACGAUGAAGAAGAUGAUGGUAUCAAAGCAAAGCGCCGGAAACGAAAGAGCAAGGGUGAUGAUGAGUUAACAUUAUUGGAUGAGAAGAACCCAUUUAUCCGUAUGUACAAGAAGACCACGGAUGCGAUACGUACAACUGCUGAAGAAAUUAGUAGCAGCAAGACUCCUCCUUCGCUAGCUCCAACUAUGAAGGAGGCAAUGGUGAUGGUUCGAGAAUGUGGAGUUCAGGAAGGAACUCCUCUCUUUUUCUCUUCAAGCAUGCUUCUUAUGAAGACCGAGUAUAGAGAGAUGUUUGCUUCGGUUGAAACCAUGCAAGGAAGGUUUGAUUGGCUCGAGAGAGCUCAUGAUCAUCUGUAACUUUUUCUUAUAGAUUUAAUCUUUACUUAGUUUUCGUUGAAAAACGAUUCUGCGUUUUACUAGUAUUUGCCAA